AUGUCUGAAGAAGGCGGUACAGCACCACCCGCCGCAGCUGCGGGCGGCGGCCACACAGGCGACGGGGGAAUGAACUCGGCACACGAUGGCCGUGGAAGGCCAUCAGCGGAACGUCGAGAGCGCAGCCUGACUCCGCAGUCACCGGGCGCGAUGACGCCUCCAAACCCCUUCUCGCGCCAGCACACAUCGCUGGACAUGGACGACUACUUCAUCGGGCCCCGUGACACGCAGAAGCACUCCAAGUGGCCCCUGUUUAUGCAGAUGCACGGCAGCAUCUUGCCCAAGCUGAUUAUGCCUCUGACGUUUAUGGGACUCUGGGCUGCAUUGAUCACCUCGAUGCACAUGACUGAUUACUUCAAGAAGCGCGGCGUUGUGGUCAGCGUCAACUCUGUCCUGCUCACCGUGCUGGGUUUCGUCGUCGGUUUGGGUCUCUCGUUCCGCAGUUCGACAGCAUACGAACGAUACGCCGAGGGUCGCCGAUACUGGGCCUCGCUGAUCCUAGCCAGCCAGUCGUUGGGCCGUGUCUACUGGAUACACACCCGAGAGCGGGAUGAGACCAGGGAGAAGGACAUACUCAACAAGCUCUCGGCCCUGAACCUGCUGACCGCCUUCGCCGUUGCCCUCAAGCACAAGUUGCGCUUCGAGCCCUAUACCAACUAUGACGAUCUCUCGCAGAUGGUCGGCCACCUCGACACCCUCGCCGGCGAGGCCACCAAGGCCGACGGAGGCGCCCCCGUCCCAAAGAAUCCCAACAUCUUCAAGCGGGCUGGCUCCAUGCUGGGCGUGUCCUUUGCCGAGAGCAACCCGCGCAAGCAGCUUAAGAAGGCUACGCGGCCCUUGGGAAACCUUCCUCUCGAGAUAUUGAGCUAUCUCGCCGCAUAUACGGACGAGAUUGUGGCCAACGGCCAACUGUCGGUUCCUAUGCAGCAGACACUUGCUUAUAACAACAUGGCCUUGCUCAACGAUGUUAUGGUUGGUACUGAGCGCGUACUUAACACUCCUCUCCCCAUCGCGUACUCGAUCGCCAUUGCGCAGAUCACUUGGCUCUACGUGUUUCUACUUCCAUUCCAGCUCUGCCAACUUCUGGGGUGGAUCACAAUUCCCGCCGUUGUCGCUGCCAGCUACAUCAUCCUGGGACUGUUGUACAUUGGACGUGAGAUCGAACAACCCUUCGGCCUCGACCCCAACGACUUACCGCUCGAGAGCUACUGCGCCCAGAUCGCAGCCGAGCUCGACGUGCUGGCGUCUCGGCCCAAGCCGCGCAUCAGCGAGUGGACCGAGCACCUCGAGAACAAGGUGCUGUUCCCUUACUCCAACGCCCCCUGGCACACGUGGCUGCACCUCGGUGAGACCAAGAUCCGCCAGGCGCUGCGGGCCAAGACGGAGCUCGAAUUUGGUCAGCGGAGCAGGAUGAUGGGCCAGGAGCACGGCAAGAACGACGGUGGCAGCGGUCGCGGCAGAUCCACGAGCAAGCCUCAAGCGACGGAGAAGGUGGCCGACGUUGAGAGCGGGUUGGGAACCAGACAAUGA